ACAAAAUCGGCAUACAGAGUACCCUUAAUUUGGACAACUCUGCCUCUGCCUUCCCUCUGGCUACACACUACAAAAGACACCAAGUCACCCCGGAAGACACUCCGCCAGGAAUCAACAACCCGCAGCACCGACUCGAUAACCCCCCCUCUACCCGGACCUGUUAUCGACGACUUCCCCUGCCCCAGCCCCCUUCCUGCCCGGCGUAGAAGCACGAGGACUUUUAAGAAGACGUAGUGGAAAGACGACACAUUAGGUUGUGCACGGACCCUCUACAUCUAUCACUCUUUCAAGCCCAGACAGUUCACCUUCCGGCCCAACUCAACCCCAACACCUGGAAUCUCUUUUAGGCGCAUCUACGUCUAGCAAGUCGACCGACAGCGCAGUUUUAGCCCAACUGCACACCUUUACUGGUGUCCUUGUCUCCUUGCUUUACACCAAUCGCCCCAUAGCCACCUUCCCCGUCCCCUUCCCCCAUCCCCCACCCACAACACCCGUCUUUUGAGACUCGUUCCGUGCGAAUCUCGAAAAACAAAAACACCACACCUUCCACCACCAUUACCGUCUACCAAACCAGCGAAGAAGGCUUCUUCACCCCCCCUACCUUUUCCAUUCCGCCUUCUUCCAACACUUUGGUACAGCUUCCUCCUCUCGGAGAAGUCGUACCUCGGCCACUGGGUCGCUUGGGGUUCACCCCUUCCCACGACAACAUGCCAUCUAUCUACGGAAAGCCCUCUGGGCAAUCCAUCAAGCAGCAGCAGCGAGCGGUGGCGGUAGCAGAGGAGAUGGAGUUGCUCAAGUUGCUGAAUGGCGAGCGUUACGAGUUGGACUUUGACAACCACGCGCCCCAGGUCAUGAACGUGCAAUCCUACGAGCAGGACGCUGAAGGGAUGGAGCUUGACGUGCGUACAGUCCCCGACCGUAGAUUGCCCUCGCUGACAGUCACAUUUGCCGUAUCCUCUAUCCGCGUCUCCUAUGUCUCUUUGCCCGCUAUAUCACGCCCUCCUUUCACCCAUCACAACCUCGAAAAUAUUUCCGCCGCCAAACAGAAUUACCCCAAGCACUACUCUCAGCCCGCCUACGACUCUCUCGACUCUCGUUACUCCACUGCUCACGGUGCGAGCAACAUUCCUCGAACUCAGCGCGACUGGAUGCCGCCUGUCAACACUGCAGCUCAACAGCAACGAAGCAAGGCGUACCUCUUUGAGCCCGAGACGUUCCCGGACCCCGUCUACAACAGGCAGCGUUCUGUCUGGUCCCCACCCCGUGCGGAGGCCCAGUGGGCCAACUACGACCAGGCCGCUUACCGCGUUCCUUCUCAGCGAUACGCUCAGAUCCCCGAGCGACCCUUCACUCCCCACGACACCUACAGCUACCCCGCCGAGCACAUCUACACCGCUCCGGCCCCCGCUGUUGCUGCCGCGCCCCUCAUGGCCGAGCCCAACGUGGAGAAUGUCAACGCUGCCUUCGCCGUCUGGUACGCUCAGCAGGUCGUCAACCUCUUGGUCUACCCCGGUCAGUUCCGAACUGCUACCGCCGGUGCCGCCGACGAAGAGUGGGGACCUGCCGGUCGAGAGAGGGAUGGCUACGAGAGGAUGGGCAUGAGCUCGCCUACUGCUUUCGCCCACCAGUGGAGCAGGAUGGCCGCCACUUCCCCCGUCUUUGCUUCCCGCAGGCGAGUAGAGUUUGAGCAGCACGAUCCUUGGAACAUUUCCUGGGCCCAUGCCAUCGAGCCCAGCUCGACUCUUGUCAGCUUUGUCCUCGACAUGAUUCAGCGAAUGACCAUCUCGCCUUCCGCUCUUGUGGCUGGUGUUUGGUUCCUCGCCGGACUCGGUUUGCACGAGGGCGAUGGCAAGAAGGGCGCGGGGUUGCGCAAGAUUCUGAGGGAGAGUGUUUCGUGCGAGCCCGAGGCUGUUGAGAGGAGGGUUGCUACUUUGGGUUUGAUUUUGGCGGGCAAGUGGCUGGAUGACAACUCGUUCUUGACCAAGUCUUGGUUCGAGGUCACUACCAUUCCCAUCAAGACCAUUGACGCCAUGGAGCGAUGCGCCCUCAACGACCUCAACUGGUCUCUCUACGUCCCCGUCGCUUCCUGGGUCGACCACGUCAACCAGCUUUUCGUCGACCUCGACGACAAGCCCGUCAAGGACGAGGCCGACGCUGUCGUCCACUAUGUGCUUGACAAGAUGGCUACCGAGGCCCGAGGCGUCGAGUUGGGUGAAGAUCUUGAGAAGAAGACCUUUACCACGCCCGACUUUAUCGCUUCGCCCUUGGCUGCGUCUACCCGUAGGUUGUCUUACGACGAGACCCCCGCUGCUUUCGACCAGCUUGCCACCCGCGACUGGGACUCUUUCGCUCGAUCUUACCAGCAUCAGCAAGACACCAAGCUUUCCUCUGCCGCCUACCCCGCCAGAAACCCUGCCGUCUCCGCUCUCGUAGAGGACGACGGUGUUGAGAUUGAGCGUGCCGAGAGGAAUGUCGAGAUGCUGCUCAGUGACGACGACAUGAACGAGGUCGAGUCUCAGGUCGAAGAAGAGUUUGAGGAGGACGAUGAGGAGUUUUUGGAGUAUGAUGGUGCGAAGAAGUGGCUGCCUACUGCCGCGGAGAUGAGGAAGACUUGCUCCAACCAAAGCCAAGGCUACCCCAUCCCUCCUCCCGCUACGUCUUGCUCUCGAGGCGCCUGGCCUACCGCCGCCGCUCCUCCUGCCAAGUCCUCCAAGGCUUCUCAGUGGCAGUACGCCGACCCCUUUGGCUUCCCUGUCGCUCUCGACCCCAGCUCUGUGCAAAGGAUCAACCGCCGCAAGACUCCUCUUAACCAGCACCACCACCACACCUACGGGCACAGCAACCGCUCUGUCCGUGGCACUGGCGCUACUUCGGCCGCUGCUGUCGGAGGAGGUGAGGGGUACCCUGUUGGGCACCAGCUCGAGCCUGGGGUGAAUGUCGUUAGGGAGCCGGGAGCGGGUCAGACGUCCGAGUUUGGGUUUAUGAGUGGGAUGAUGGGCAACAAGAGGUGGGCUACUAGCGCUUCGGCCAUGUGGCGUUGAAUCUCUUUUUAUUGACAAUCGAAAACAGGUCGGCGAAUUUGGGGAGGUAUGCUUCUCCUUCUGUGAGGACGAGGUUUAGUACCACUCUGCCUUAUUACCAUUCUGCUGCCGUGGGGUAUUAAGUUGCCCUCAUGGUGGUAAUGUGGUGAGAUGGUAUUCGUCAACAAUUGUCUACCAAGCCUUCAUCAUCCUUCCCCCUUCUACCCAUUCCAACAGCUGUCCUUUCCGACUAUCCCACGCGAUACACGUUAUUAUCAUCGCGUUUGGCUCAUCCCCUCGGGGUCGAGUACAUCCAUGUCUUUUUUCUUCUUUUUUUACGCUUAUUAUGUUUUAUCUUCGAAACUUUGAAAAGUCACGUACCCUUCCACCAUCUGGUCGUGGUAUCGUGUGUCAAAAAAAGAGGGAGUCAAUCAUUCAUCCACAGUGGGGUGUUUUAUCAAGGGUAGAAAGUUAGGUUUUUAUCUCGAGACAGAAUGCGGUUUUCUCCUUUUCUCUUUUCCAUUUAAUAAUAUACCUUUUUCUCUUUUAUAUCUAUUUUAGAACUUUUAUCACUAUCACACUCCCCUCUCUCGACAAUCAAAAUCGAAACCACCCCAAAAAAAUCUACCCCCCAACCAACAAAAAGAACGUCCAGCCGUCGUUUCCAUCGUUUUUCCUCCAUCUCUCUUAUCUUUUCAGUGCUUCUUCAUCACUUUUCGCCGCCUUGUAGUGUUUGUCAUUCUGCUGCUUUUCUUUGUACCAUUUCUUUUGAAUUCUAGUCUAGUCUUUUAUCAAGUAACUUGCCUGGAGGAAAGAAUGGUUGGGAGAAAUGGCGGAGAGUGGAUGCGCAAGGGAAAGGGAGAAGGGUUUCGGUGGGGGCGUAUGAGAAGAAGGGAGUUGGGGAGGGCUUUUUCUAUCUCUUUUUUUUGUUCUAGUUUUACGUGUCAAAGUGUUUAACGAGAUGAAAAAAACAACCAACGCCAUUUAUGGCACCAA